CUUGACAGCAGCAGCACAGAGCCGCUGCACCGCUGCGCUGCACUGAUGCAAAGUUCACGUCCAAGCGGAAACAUACGGUGCAGACCGCAAACCGAGGAGGAUGACAGAGAAAAGACGUGGUGAAGUCGUGUCAUUGUGAAGGGACUGCGCUCUAACUUUUUUUAAAGACAGUGUUUGGUUUGGCUGUUCUGGGCUACUGUAGAAACAUGGCGGUGCAACAUGGCGAUCUCCUUGGACUAGGACCCGCUCCCUAUAUAGAUAUGAAUGGCUCAUUCUAAGCUGGCCUAAAGUGAACUGAAUGAAAACACAGAAGCCCCCCCACCUGGAAACCACCGGGGAACUAAGUGGAUUGAAGAAGGCAGAGAGCAAGUGAGGGAGUCAGAGAGGGAGGGAAGACAGAAGGGAUUAGCAGCUAAUCCAGCGCAUGGACAAUCCUGGAUGAGCCGUAUUUUUUCUUCCAGGAUGAUGCAAACAAAACAGUUGCUGGAUUACGGCACUUUACUUUAUUGCCCCUUUUGAGAAAGCCUCUUUUUUGCCUCAGCUCUGAUUGUGCUGCUCAAAGGUCUGACAUCUUGGGUGCAGAGGGGCCAGGAGGACAGAGGACAAAGUAGCGGGGCGACAGGAUGUCCCAUGGACAGCGUGGCGCUACACAUGGAUAAACCUCUUUAGUGGGAGACAGUGCAUGGCAGUGGACCCCCCCCAGACGAAGACAACUGCAUGAGACGCACAAGGUCUUCUCAAAAGUUGAGCUCUACUGAAGAUGGAAAAAGGAGUCGCUGCCCUGGACCCUGAACUGGGAUUUAAACUUGACUGACAUGUAAUCAGAGCUCACACGCUGUCAUUCACAUUAAAGGGAAAUUAUACAACUUUUCUGCCGCCAUGAGUCUGGGAAAACUGCCAGGGAUUAAGGGCCUUGUAUCGGGCUCUCAAGGGAAACGUCGUUUCAAGAGCGAACUCUCUGUGGACAUGAUCAGCCCGCCGCUGGGUGACUUCAGACAUACUAUGCAUGUGGGCCGUGGCGGAGACGUGUUUGGUGAUACUUCCUUCCUUAGCAACUAUGGGGGCAUCAGGGAGCCAGGAAGUCCGGACUCGUCAAACAGCUCCAAGACAACCGGGUUCUUCACCCGCACCUUUCGGCAUGUGCGGAAGAACUCUGGGCCUCGACCGCGAGGGGGCUCCCGUGACCUGUCAUCCCCGCCACCUGACAUCUCACCCAUCAUCAAAAACGCUAUCUCCCUUCCCCAGCUGAACAUAGACUCCCCCAAUGGGUGCCUACAGAGGGUGCUGUUCUCCAGCUCCAUCAGCACGACAGAUGACUCCCUCUGCACAUAUGGUCUGCAGUCUGGAUUUGUCACUCUGCCCCGCUUCUCUCGCCUUGACAGACAGUUUCAAGAUGGAGACGUCCGGAAAGGGUCUUUAACCGACAGCGGAGGCAUCACACUGACACGCUCAGACUCCCUCACCUCGUUCACUGUAGACCUCGGCCCUUCCCUUAUGACUGAGGUACUGAGCUUGAUUGACAACCCCAGCUGCCUUCAGAUGUCCAAUCGCAGCCAGGCAGCAGAUGAGGAAGAAGAAGAGGACGACGGCUCUCUGGCAGAGACGCCUGUGCAGAGCCCUUUGAUGACUUCUCCCAAUCCUUCCAUGGGAAGCGGGUCAUUCAGCAGUAACAUGAACAACAGGGGGCACUCUUGUAGCUCUAACUGGACAGAGCAAGAGGAGGAGAGGAGGUCACAGAGGACACCAGACGCAUGUGCUGGGUCUCCUCAGAGAGCGGAGCCUGCCAUGGAGGCAGAGAGGUUUCAGAGGGCGGCUGACGUGCUGUCUCGUCAUUAUGGUGGAGGGUCCUUCACAAGGGGAUCAAGGACGAGCAUCAACACCACCUCUCCUGCUUUUUCCCAAAGCCACAAAACACCAUAUGCCUUUUCUGAAGAGGAGGAAGAGAUCAAAGUCUAGAUGUUGAAACUUGGAAAAAGAGUAAGGACUGCAUCGAUGAAAUAAAACAAAUAAACAAAAACUUCAUGUGACCUGCGUUCUGGAUUCAUUUCUGGUCACAGAGGCUGAACUUGUCCAUAGAAAUAUCUUUCCUCUUCUCACAGGGGACAUCAUUGAUCAGCUACCAUAUCCUGGUGUUUAUUCAGUGUCUGCAGAAUGGAUGUUUGAUGAUGAUCUUGACUCUGGACCUUCCCCUUUCUGUGCACUACUAUCUAAACUAAUCUAAACAUAUAAGUCACUGAAUGACUCUGACAUCACAAAAUGGAUUCCUGUCAGGACAAACUCUUGAUAAUGUAAUAAUGACUUUUAGUUUUAUUAGUAACAAAGAUUAAAACCUGCAUUAACUAUACUUGUGACUGGAGACUACAGUGGAGCCCCAUACAUUUUGAAUGGACUUUUUCUAUUUUUUAUUCACAGUGUACAUAAUCACCUACUCCAUAAUCAUGAUGUUCAGUGUCUUUACAUAAAUAAGGAAGUUCAGGGUCAAAGGUCUGAGGCGUCAAGCUGAAUCUGAGGAACAGAGUUUUAUAACAACUGUGAUAAAACCUCUGUAUAUUGUGAAUAAAUUAACUGUUAUCAGGAAUAAUGGUGUUAAAACUCAGUUAGUUGUACAAUUACAGCUGAUAUUCUCCCCAGUGUCUAUGAGAUGACUGCACCUGUAACAUCUAUAUAGGAUUGUUUAUCAAGCUUUUAUCAGUAUUAGUUUACGUUUUUCUAAAAUGAUAUGGCUGAUGUAAUAAAUGC